AUGCGGGGAGCGCUGCCACGGCCGCUGCUGCUGCCGCGCCCCUGCCGCAGGAAGAGGACGCGGAGGCUGCCGCUCCCGGAAUGUCCCCUUCAGAUACUAGAAGGCUUCUGUGAGAAGAAACCAGAAGAUAUCCUCAUAUCAGAGCCAAUUUCAGUCAGCUCCAAGACAGACUCAACACAGGUCAAAGUUGAGACAAUCAGCGAUCCCAUGGAGGUCCACAGUGGAGUAGAGAUCUCCCCUGCAGCCUGUGAAGAACCCCAUGAGGAGGUGGAUACCAUCGAGGAGACUUAUUCCAGCAGACCAGACCUGAAAGAUGUGCCUCUGGAAAACCCAGACUGGGAACUAUACACGGACGGAAGCAGCUUCAUGCGGGAUGGAAAAUGGAUGACAGGGUAUGCUGUGACAACCAAAGACGAGGAGAAUAGCACAUUGCUUAAAAUGGACAUAAAUGGAAAGUCCAGAACUACCCUAUCUACCCUCCCUGUACCUUUUGCAGAGGUCAGUUCUGCAGGCAAAACAGAAGCAGAGAAACCACGAUGUUCCAGCACCCCCUGCUCACCAAUGCGACAGACAAUUUCAGGCUAUCAGAUCCUUCAUAUGGAUUCUAACUACCUGGUUGGAUUCACGACUGGAGAGGAGCUGCUAAAAUUAGCUCAAAAGUAUACAGGAAAUGAAGAUAAUAAAGGGAAAUCUGGGCCUAACUUGCACUCUAAACAGCUCGAUUUAGGACUUGCAUACUCCUCCCGUUUAUACAAAACUAGAAGUAGAUGCUAUCAGCCAUAUGAGAUCCCAGCAAUAAAGGGGAGGAGGAGGAGACGGAUGCCCAGCUCAGGGGAUAAAUGCACUAAACCUUUACCAUAUGAACCUUACAAGGCACUUCAUGGUCCCCUGCCUCUUUGCCUUUUAAAAGGCAAAAAGGCUCAUUCUAAAUCCCUGGACUACCUCAAUUUAGACAAAAUGAGCAUUGAGGAACCUGCUGACACAGACAUGCUACAAUACCAACUUCAACACCUUACCCUUAGAGGGGACGACCGUAUGUUUACAAGAAACAAUACAUGA